GCCCGCCCGCCCGCCUCGCUUUGCUUCUCGCUCCGCCCCUCCCCCGCCCCGCCUAGCUUCCAGCGCGCCGAGCGGAGCCUAACGCCGGGUCCUCUAGGAACCUCGGGCCGGGCAGCACCCGCGGGGUUCUGCUGGCGUCCUCCGCUGCCAUGAAGCGGGACCGGCUGGGCCGCUUCCUGUCCCCUGGGGCGUCCCGCCGGUGCGGGGCCUCGGACGGCGGCGGCGUCAGCCGGACUCGGGGCCGCCCUUCCCUUAGCGGCGGGCCGAGGGUGGACGGGGCGACGGCGCGGCGCGCCUGGGGCCCGGUGGGGUCCUGCAGGGACGCGGGCGAGGACGGCGCGGAUGAGGCAGGAGCAGGCCGGGCUCUCGCCAUGGGUCACUGUCGCCUCUGCCACGGGAAGUUUUCCUCGAGAAGCCUGCGGAGCAUCUCCGAGAGGGCGCCUGGAGCGAGCAUGGAGAGGCCAUCCGCAGAGGAGCGCGUGCUCGUACGGGACUUCCAGCGCCUGCUUGGUGUGGCUGUCCGCCAGGACCCCACCUUGUCUCCGUUUGUCUGCAAGAGCUGCCACGCCCAGUUCUACCAGUGUCACAGCCUUCUCAAGUCCUUCCUGCAGAGGAUCAACGCCUCCCCGGCUGGUCGCCGGAAGCCUUGUGCAAAGGUCGGUGCCCAGCCCCCAACAGGGGCAGAGGAGGGAGCGUGUCUGGUGGAUCUGAUCACAUCCAGCCCCCAGUGCCUGCACGGCUUGGUGGGGUGGGUGCACGGACAUGCGGCCAGCUGCAGGGCCCUGCCCCACCUUCAGAGGACACUGUCCUCCGAGUACUGCGGUGUCAUCCAGGUCGUGUGGGGCUGCGACCAGGGCCACGACUACACCAUGGACACCAGCUCCAGCUGCAAGGCAUUCUUGCUGGACAGUGCGCUGGCAGUCAAGUGGCCAUGGGACAAAGAGACGGCGCCACGGCUGCCCCAGCACCGAGGGUGGAACCCUGGGGAUGCCCCUCAGACCUCCCAGGGUAGAGGGACAGGGACCCCAGUUGGGGCUCAGACCAAGACCCUGCCCAGCACGGAUGUGGCCCAGCCUCCUUCGGACAGCGAUGCGGUGGGGCCCAGGUCGGGCUUCCCACCUCAGCCAAGCCUGCCCCUUUGCAGGGCCCCAGGGCAGUUGGGUGAGAAGCAGCUUCCAUCUUCAACCUCGGAUGAUCGGGUAAAAGACGAGUUCAGUGACCUUUCUGAGGGAGACGUCUUGAGUGAUGAUGAAAAUGACAAGAAGCAAAAUGCCCAGUCUUCGGACGAGUCCUUUGAGCCUUACCCAGAAAGGAAAGGAGUCUCUGGUAAGAAGAGUGAAAGCAAAGAAGCCAACAAGUCUGAAGAACCAAAAAUUCGGAAGAAGCCGGGACCCAAGCCCGGAUGGAAGAAGCAGCUUCGUUGUGAGAGGGAGGAGCUUCCCACCAUCUACAAGUGUCCUUACCAGGGCUGCACGGCCGUGUACCGAGGCGCUGACGGCAUGAAGAAGCACAUCAAGGAGCACCACGAGGAGGUCCGGGAGCGGCCCUGCCCCCAUCCUGGCUGCAACAAGGUUUUCAUGAUCGACCGCUACUUGCAGCGCCACGUGAAGCUCAUCCACACAGAGGUGCGGAACUAUAUCUGUGACGAAUGUGGACAAACCUUCAAGCAGCGGAAGCACCUUCUCGUCCACCAAAUGCGACAUUCGGGAGCCAAGCCUUUGCAGUGUGAGGUCUGUGGGUUCCAGUGCAGGCAGCGGGCGUCCCUCAAGUACCACAUGACCAAACACAAGGCUGAGACUGAGCUGGACUUUGCCUGUGACCAGUGUGGCCGGCGGUUCGAGAAGGCCCACAACCUCAAUGUACACAUGUCCAUGGUGCACCCGCUGACACAGACCCAGGACAAGGCCCUGCGCCUGGAGGCGGAACCACCACCUGGGCCACCGAGCCCCUCUGUGACCACAGAGGGCCAGGCGGUGAAGCCCGAACCCACCUGAGGACGGCAGUGAGGAUGAGCACCUCUAGCAGCCUGGACUCCACAGUGGCUGUGUCAGCCUCACCCUUCGUGUGCACCCGUAUGGGAGGGUCGGAGGGUGCUGCCCGCCCUUGGUACUGGAGGCGGGCUUGGUGUAUGGCUCAAGUAGCCUUCCUCUGCUCUGGGACCAGUGGUUUAUUUUCCCGCAAACGCUGAGUGACUUGGGGCCAGACGGUUCAUAAAUAAUUGAUUCCUUUCCCCACUAAAGCAGUCGAGGAGAUUUGUAAUCCACUUUUUAGUGCAACAAGAGCUCCAUGUUAUGCUCGUAAUAAAUUAUUUUACACGGGAGCUGGGCUGGUGUGCAGUGGCAGGUCCCAUCAGAAAAGAUGAGGCUCCUGGGACAGGUCAACGUCAGGGGCAGCCUGCUGUCUGCUCUGGAGGGCAGCGAUCACCUCUGGGUCGCAGUCCCCACGAUCCACCAGCAGCUGUGAGAGAGGAGCAGGUCCUCAGCCCAUGCCGCCCACUAGGCCUCAGAUCACAGGGGAGGGGCUCUGGCAGAAAUAGUCGAGUUGUAUUGCCAGCCAGGCGGGCACAUGGCCCAGGCAGCUGUCAAUUCUCAUGUCCCCCGCGUGGCCCAAGGUGGGCAUCUUGAUGUUACCUCUGCCAUGUGUGAGAAGCUCUUUUUCGGGCACCGAGGUAUUAACUGCAGCAGAAAAAGACGAGCUUUUGUUAUCAGUUCCACGGGGUUUCCCUAGAGAGAAAACAGGCAAACUCACAGGUUAGAAGACAUACAGAAACAAGGCUGGUGUGUCCCCCAUAGUCUGCAUGCUGUGCCGGAACAUUCUUUGGCAGAAGGAGCCUCAGGCUGGGGGGAGCUCCCCUGGAGAUGGGAUUGGCCCUUGCACCUGCCUGACCCUGGAGCUCCAGGCUCCUGCCAGCUGGAGGUGAAACUGUGCUUGUAUCCCCAGCCACGAAGAGCUGGACCAGCUUCAGGUACAUGUCGACAGCAACAUGCAGGAAGGCCUCUUCCCUGAUGGCCGCGUCUUCAUGGAAGUAGGAGAGAAGACUAGAGGUAAAGACAUAGUGACAAAUGGCUACAGACUGCUGGAAAGGUAGCAGGUGAUGCCAAGGGAUACUGCUCAUCUGUGGAGCAGAGGCACAGGCAACCCUUCCCAUCCGGCGGGACCCAGAGGUGCUGAGAUGGGGGUCUGGGAAACACUGCCCCAGCCCUGACCAGCCCUGUGGGUGGAGGUACCUGUAAAAAGCGAAAGGCAGAAGCCUGGUGUGCUGAUCCGGGGCCACACGGAGGAGGAGCCGCCCCAGCCUGAGGUCUGCAACACCAAGAAGUGGCUCAGGCAACUCUGGACAUCUCUGCCUAUUAUCAGUGCUGGGGACACCCCUGCGGGUCGGGACGUGUACCCUGGGAGGCCUGGCUGUGGGGAUAGUGUGGGGCGAACAGCCUGAGCUGAGGAUACCCGGGUACCUGUCAGCAGCUGGGAGAGGAUGGGGGGUCGACCUCUUGCAGGAGGGUGAGUGUGGUGCAGAGAGAGGCAGUCCCCAUGAUAGGCCCACUGGUCCUGGGGUUGACCACUGAGCCAGUAAAUUAUCUUAUUGCUUUAAACAAGUUUGUACUUAAUCUGUCCCAACUAAAAUGGAGCUUAUAAACUUACUUAGCAAGAGCAUAAACUCAUAGAAAUGAAUUAGUGAACCUCAAGGAGGGCUCGUUCUUAACCAUUUGAAAGUUGCCUCUGAAAAGAGCGGCCCUCCGCAUUUGUGCCUCAGCAGCGUGUUUCUUACCACUCUCUGUCAACUGAAAGAGUGCCAGCCAGGAUAUCUUCCUCUUCUCUAAACACUCGAGGAUUGCUGCACAAACGUGGAAAGCCUUUGGCGGGUCUGUGGCGCUCUGUAAACCGCGGGAGACCAACCCUGAGAAUGGCCAACCUGGUGCUCCCAUGGGUAGGAGGGUACAGCCCUCAGCACAGAACAGGGCAUUUCCUCUUUGCUUAUUGAAAGUCUUAAAACUGGUGACAGUUUUACCUAUAGAAGGUAAUACUGGGCCUCUGGACAGAAGAGGCUCAGGUAGGAGGCCAGGGACUUCAAGCACCCACACCAAGGCUGCUGCACCACGUCCUCAAAUAAGACAUUAAAAGAAAGGCCCACAGGCCGGAUGCAGUGGCUUAUGCCUGUAAUCCCAACACUUUGGGAGGCCGAGGUCGGCAGAUCACUGAGGCCAGUUCAAGACCAGCCUGGCAAUAUGGUGAAACCCCGUCUCUACUAAAAAUACAAAAAUUAGCCGGCUGUGACAGGCUCACGCCUGUAAUCCCAGCUACUCGGGAGGCUGAUGCAGGAGAAUUGCUUGAACCCAGGAGGCUGAGGCUGCAGUGAGCUGAGAUCACACCACUGCACUCCAGCCUGGGUGACAGAGUGAGACCCCCAUCUCAAAAAAAAAAAAAAAAAAAAAACCCACGGCCUGGGAGUUCUCACUCACACUUCCGCAAACACAAGGAGCUCCUGAGCUAGUCUGGAAACCCUGACUUGGAAGCCGGCUGCCUGGUGCCCCUGCCUGGCCCACAGUGGGAGAGGACACCUUGGCUGGUAAGGUCUGACUUACAUUUGAGGUCAGCUGUGACGAGAGCAGGCCCAUCAAGGAGAAGAAGAAGAGGAAAACCAAUAGCUGUAAAUAAAAACGUGCACUUAUUACAUUAAAA